UCCUUCUGUGCCGCUGUUUCCUGUCUCUCAAACGACAAGCUCUGUUCUUUCUAACUAUAUUUUAACAAACAUGUUCUUCUUUUCAAAUCUCCUCUUUUCCCAUUUCCCAUUGGAUCUCUACUCUCAUUUUUCUCCGAUCCCUAUACAAAACCCAUCUUCCCAUCCCUGUUCUUCUUCAUCUUCUGUGUGUAAAUCGAAAAAAUGAUCACUGCAAAGGACAUUUACGAUGUAUUCUCAGCAAUUGUCCCAUUGUACGUGGCCAUGAUCUUGGCCUACGGCUCAGUGAAAUGGUGGAAAAUUUUCACUCCCGAUCAGUGCUCCGGCAUCAACCGAUUCGUCGCCGUCUUCGCCGUCCCCUUACUCUCCUUCCACUUCAUCUCCUCCAACGACCCCUACGCCAUGAACUACCAAUUCAUCGCCGCCGACUCCCUCCAAAAAAUCGUCGUCCUGUUCGCUCUGUUUCUGUGGCAGAGCUUCAGCAAACAGGGCAGCCUCGAAUGGAUGAUCACUCUGUUUUCGCUCUCCACUCUGCCCAACACUCUGGUCAUGGGGAUCCCCCUCCUCAAGGCCAUGUACGGCGACUUCUCCGGCAAUCUCAUGGUCCAGAUCGUCGUCCUCCAGAGCAUAAUCUGGUACACUCUCAUGCUCUUCAUGUUCGAAUACAGGGGAGCUAAGCUUCUGAUUACAGAGCAGUUCCCCGAGACCGCCGCCUCGAUUACGUCGUUCCGAGUCGAUUCCGACGUCGUUUCGCUCAACGGGAGGGAGGCCCUGCAGGCGGAUGCCGAGAUUGGGGACGACGGGAAGCUCCAUGUGGUGGUCAGGAGAUCCGCGGCUUCUUCCAUGGUUUCUUCUUUCAAUAAGUCUCAUGGUCUCAAUUCUUUGACUUCCAUGACUCCCAGAGCUUCCAAUCUCACUGGGGUUGAGAUUUAUUCUGUUCAGUCUUCCAGAGAGCCCACUCCUCGAGCUUCUAGCUUCAACCAGACCGAUUUCUACGCCAUGUUUGCUAGUAAAGCUCCUAGUCCUAAACAUGCCUACACCAAUAGUUUUCAAGGUGAAGUUUACUCGGUGCAGUCAUCGAAAGGAGCAACACCAAGAACGUCAAAUUUCGACGAGGAGAUGUUGAAGAAGAAGAGAGGAGGGAGGAGCAUGAGUGGAGAGCUUUUCAAUGGAGGAUCAAUGCCAUCCUACCCACCACCAAACCCCAUGUUUUCAGGAUCUUCAAGCGGCAUCCAAAUGAAGAAGAAAGAUCACAACAGCAGCAGCAGCCAUGGAGGAGCUGCAAACUCCACAGCUAACAACAAGGAGCUUCACAUGUUUGUUUGGAGCUCCAGCGCCUCCCCUGUCUCCGAAGGAAACCUCAAACACGCCGUCAAUAGAACCGCCAUGACCCAACAAGAAGCCUUGGCCACAAAAGGGCUGCAAGAGGUGAUAGAAAACAUGAGUCCCGGAAGAAAAAACAGGGAUGAAGAAUCAAUAGAGGAAGGAUCAAAGAAGCGAUUCAGAGGAAAUGGAUCAUCUCCAUAUAACAGUUAUCAGAAGAAGAUGAACAUGGAAGAAGGAGAUUUUGAGCAGAAGAAGCAGCAUAUGCCUCCUGCUAGAGUAAUGACUCGCCUCAUUCUCAUAAUGGUGUGGAGAAAGCUGAUUAGAAAUCCCAACACUUACUCUAGUCUUCUUGGUGUUGCUUGGUCUCUCGUUUCUUACAAAUGGCACAUUGAAAUGCCCACCAUCAUUAAAGGAUCGAUCUCGAUUCUAUCUGAUGCUGGUUUGGGGAUGGCGAUGUUCAGUCUCGGUUUGUUUAUGGCUUUACAACCAAAGAUCAUAGCUUGCGGGAAAUCGGUUGCGACGUUUUCGAUGGCGGUGAGGUUCUUAACGGGCCCGGCUGUGAUGGCUGCAACUUCCAUUGCAGUUGAUCUUCGUGGUGUUCUUCUUCAUGUUGCCAUUGUUCAGGCCGCGCUUCCUCAAGGGAUUGUUCCUUUUGUAUUUGCUAAGGAGUACAACGUCCAUGCAGAUAUACUCAGCACCGCGGUUAUAUUUGGAAUGCUGGUUGCCUUGCCAAUAACAAUACUAUAUUAUGUGCUUUUGGGACUCUAAGUUAUUGUUUUGGCAAAGAUUAAUUAGAAAGCAUACUGAGAGAUUAGUUUAGUGUUAGGUUUAGGGAGAUGGUUUAUCAAAUAUAUUGCCUUCAUAUGUAUUGUUUGCAAAUUAAUUCCUAAAGUUCAAAUUUUGAGUGUUAUUUUUU